AUGUGGUGGUCCAAGUCCCACUUCAAGCCCGCUGGCAAAUUAGCUCUUAUAAUAGGCGCUUCCCAAGGCCUUGGUGCUGAUAUUGCUUUCAGAUUAUACGAACAAGGCUGCUCGGUUAUCUUGGUAGCGAGAACCGAGGCGAAACUUGAGAAACAGGUAGAACGCAUUGUGAACAAUGGUGAUAAGUCUUCAGAACAUGGAUUAGCGCCCACUUGCGAGUACUUGGCGUGUGACGCUGCCAAUUACGACGCCACCGCCGAGUUAUGGAAGGUUUUAGUCCAGGAAAAGAACGUCGAUCCCGAUUACAUCUUCUGUUGCGCUGGUUCAUCGGUACCGAAGCUCUUCGAGGACCUUACAGGUAGGGAUAUCGCGUUGGGGAUGGACGUGAACUACUUUUCCGCUGUCAACGUGAUCCAUUGCGGUAUCAAGGCGACGGCGGGCAAGAAGAAGCCAAGACAUAUCAUACUUUUCUCGUCUACUGUGGCAUCGUACCCUUUUAUAGGGUACAUCCAGUACGGACCCACCAAGGCGGCCAUUCUGACGUUUUCGAUGAUCUUGCGUCAGGAAUUGAGACAUAAAGACUACAGAGUCUCGUGUGUUUUCCCCGGAAGUUUCUCCAGCGAGGGAUACGAAGAGGAAGAAAGAACAAAGCCCAAGAUCACCAAACAGAUUGAAGGUGCCAGUCCUGCCAUUCCCUCGAUGGACUGCUGUGACUUUAUCCUUGACAAGUUGGCUAAGGGCUACGAUGCCAUCUACACCGAUAUGAUCGGCUGGCUCUUGGGAUGUAUGGUCUUGUGCGUGCAACCCAGAUGCUGGAGUGUUCUACAGGUGAUUGUGGCAUUGUUCCUCCUGGCGUUUGCGCCAUUAAUCAACUGGUUUGUCAAUCAAGAUGUGAAGAAGUUCUUCCAAGCGCAAGAACAAACAGAGCCAGAGCCCAUUGCAUCUGAUGACCACACCAGCGAGGCCUUAUCCAAGUAA